AAAUCAGUAGCGCCAUUUUCACAGAACCAGUCUCAAUGAUUAGAUGCCUUUAAGUUUUUUUUUGCACAGUGAUAAUUGUAAUUCAAAUACUGUAUGUAAAAGUAAGAAGCUUAGAUAAGCAUAUUCUUUCUCAAACUAAAUUAACAAUAUUUGAGUAAUUCAUGAUUGACUCUUCAUAGUUUUAUUUGUAAUGUUAUCCUGUUUUUGGGCUCCAAGAUACUGUCAACAUGAAUACAUCGACCUCAGAUGAAGUCGAAAAACCAUGGGAUCAUCCAUGGACGACUCGAGAAAUGAGAGAAAAUCGAAACGAAUGGAGUUUAGCAGGUGAUGUUGGCUUAUUGAAACAUCUUCAACAGUUUUCACAGACAUUGACGGCAAAAGUAAAAGAUACACAAAAGAAUCUUGAUUUACUUAGUAGUCAGUUAAAUGAAACAACUGUUUUGAUUGAUAAUGUUACAAAUGCCUCUCUAGCAUUGGCUAAUACUCAGUUUAUUGAAAGUAGAGUGUAUGAAGAUGAUCAAGAACAUGAACAACAAAAGAAAUCUAAUAACCGAGAAGAAUCAAAAGAAUUGAGUGAAGCAGAAAUGAUAGCACUUGUUAGCGAAAAUAUUCAUAAAGGUAUACAAUUUAUGGAUGAGAAAUAUGAAAGGCGAGAGGUACUUGCUAGUGAUAGUGAAGAUGAAACAGAAAUAUCAGCGCCAAGUUUCAUAUUAAGACCAAAAGAUCCAUAUAAAGAUCGUCCAUUGCCUUAUAUCAUAGGGACUGAUAAAUGGAAGGCUUCGAAUAAAAUUGGAAUAGAAUCCAGCAGCAGUAGUGAAUCUGAAGCAGUAGAAGAUGAAGAUGAUAGUGAAAGUGAUGAAGAUAAUAAAGUAGUUGAUAGUAUCUUUAAUUCUUCUAAUCGUAAUCCAGUAUUCAGGCCAAGAUCAUCUUCACCAUCAUGUUCAUCAGAAUCGAGUGAUUUUAAUAAAAGUAAUACUACUAAACAGUUUAGUGGUCCCAGUUCAAACGCUGACAGAUUAUACACAAGAAGUCAAGAUACUCUUAGUUCCACCUCAGAAAUUACGACACCAAUCAAUGAAGUACCGAAAUUAGGUCAUACUGACAAAAUUACACCUAACUUUGUUAAAGAACUGAACAAAAAACUCGGUAAUAUAGUACCAAGUGCAGAAUCUACUUCAAAUACUUUUAAAGAGAAUCAUUCACCUUCUAUUAAUCGUUCUGAAGAUGAUCUAUUCAAUUCAGAAGAUAACAAUGAUGAGAAUAUACUAAGCGUUAAAUCUGACAAUGUAUUUAAUAGUAAUCUGUUUAAUGAAGAAGUAUCGAAUAGUUUGUGGGAUAAUAAAAUAUUUAAACGACCACAGACCAAUAUAAUUCCUGCUAGUAUGGAUGUACCACCACCUAUUCACCCAGUUGAAACAAAACCGAAGUCUGCUAUGGCUGAUUUGUUUGGUGAUAUUGAUUCGGAAGAUUCUGAUGAUAUGUUUUCACCAAAGAUCUCUACGAAAACUAGUACAGAUAAAACUAGUGAUACUAUUUUACCAAAGAACAAAUUAGAUCCUAGGAUAAAUGCUGGAGAAAUGUCAACUAGUACACCAGGAUUUGAUAACAUUCCCAACUUUUUUGGCGAUAAUGAUAAUCUAUUUAGUCCUGUUACGAAUGCUAGUUCCAAUAAAUCAGCUGAAGUGUCAAAGAUCGAAAGACAAGAGAAUCUACAAGGUUUACCAACCAUUCAAAGUGACCUGCUUUCAUCCAGUCUUGGUAGUAGACUCUUUCAAAGAACUAACCAAGAAUCUUCUGAGUCAUCUGAAAGCGAAGAUGGAGCUGAAUUUCAAGACGAUAAAACUACAUCAGCAAGUGUACAGAAUAACACUGAGAUUUCUUAUAACGUUAGCAAUGCUCCUUCUAAUCCAAGUAUAAUUAUUGCUCACAUGGUUCAUGGAGACAGUAAUAACAGUAGUGGCAUAUUUCUUCAGCCACCGAGUUUAGGCAGUAUUCGUUCUGCAGAGUUUGGAUCACCAGAAUUGACAUCAACACGUCGAAUGUCAGCAGAAGAAUUUUCUCGUGCAAGAGUUAUUAGUGAUAGCUUGUUGAAUGCAGCACGUCAAGAGGUUACUAAUUCUGGAAGUGAUAUAAGUAGUCCAGCACUACAUGAUCGAACUUUCUUACAAGAAUCAUCGAAUACUCAAGAGGAUGAUCUGUUCAACGAUGACGUAUUCAGUCCACCUCCACUGUCCAAAAUUGACUCCAAGUCCAAGUCCAAAGUAAAUUCUCUUUUUGACGACUCAGAUUCGGGUGACGAUCUAUUUUCGAACACUAGUUCUGGCUCUCGUUCGCAGAAGAGUGCGGAUUUGCUGGCAAACUCGUCACAAUACGUUGACAAGUCAAAAAGUAAUCAGAAAAAAGGAAUUUUUGAUGAAGAAAUUGAUAUCUUUGCCAAUCAAGGUGUUUCGGACAUUGACAUUUUCGCCCCUGGACCAUCUGAACCACGAAUUUCGCAAUUGCCAUUCGAUACGUCAUCUAAUAAGGUUUCUAACAGUCGUUUCAUUAAAGAAACUGUCGCCGCCGCAAAACCGUUAUCAACUGUGACAAAGUUAACUGAUAAAAUUCCAAAUAUUUUCGAUGAUAGUGACGACGAAGAUGAUUUAUUCAGUCCUAAAGUAACAAAACAAUCGGCCAUGUUGAGUGGAAAUGAUAAUCUAUUAACAAACUCUUCCGAUAGUGCGCAUAAAGACGAACUAGCAAAGCCGAAAAAAGAUUCUACUGUAGAAACGGCGGCGGAGAAGGGAGAGAAAAAUAGUAAAGUGAAAUUAGAAGAGAAACGGGACAGUGAACAAGCACUGGCGUCAGCUAAAGUAGCUAGAGAUAUAAGUUCUGAAAGUAAACUUUUUCAUGAUAGCGAAAGCGAUGAUGACAGUUUGUUUAGUAAAAAGAAACCUAUGUCGUUAGAAAUAAAUGAAACAGAAUCGAUUACACAAGAAAGAUUGGCUGAUAAAAAUACAAUGAUAUCUAGUGCACUAGUUCAAGAAAAGAGUAUUAUAGAAAAUACAUCAACAGUUGAUGGAGGAAAAAUAUCAAAAAUGGAUCAUUCUAAGCAAGAAAUUUUAAUUCAAGAUAAUUCAAUUAAAAAACCUCCAACCAGUUUAAAAAUCCGAUUACCCACUAUCACCAGUGAUGAUGAUUCUAACUCAGCACCCCGUCGAGUAGUUUCAGGAAAAAUUAAAGAUUUGAUGGGAAAAAUGGGUGAUUUGAAAAUUCUCUCUCCAACGGAUACACCUUUGACUUUUAGAAAAAUUGGAGAAAAGCUAAGUGAUAGCGAUCUUACUCCAGAUCGUGAUAGCGAAGAUGGAAGCUCUUUCAGUAUAUCAAGUGCAAAAUCACCACCAUUGACACCUAAUGAAAGUAUUUCAAAAAGAGAAGCACCAUUGUCUCCGUCCAUCGAAAUAGAAUCAGCUGUUAGUUUUGAUGUUCCAGCUCAAGCUGAGUCACAAACAAUAAAAGGCUCAAAGAUUCUUCAAAAUCGAGCGAGAAUCCCGAUGAAACGAAGACCUCAAAGUAGACAUGCUCGUCAAUCAGCUCUACGAACAAGUGGUAUUGAUUUUGAUGAUGUUGAUAAAUCGGAAUCUACUGUUGAUUCAUCAAUAUUGGAUCUGAAGCAUGAAAGAUUAAGUGCACCGAAUGCUGAUGAUCAAGAAGAAUCCUUAAUGAAACGAAAAUCUGGUCUGCAUUUAGCCACAGAAGAUAAAUCUGAAAUUAGUGUAGGAAAAGAAGGUUCAAUUAGUACAACUAAAAAUACACUAAUGUCACCAUCAACUGACGAAGAAGAUCUUUUUGAUGUACCACCUGAUUUACCUGAAGAUCCACCUAAAGAAGAUGGGUUAUUUGGUCGUGCUCCUAUUCUUUCACCAAUUCAAAGACGUCAGUCACCUGAAAAUGUUAGUAAUUAUGGAAAAAAAGAAAGUUCUGUUUUGCAGAGUAAAAAAGAAGAAAAUAAAUUAUCAGAAGAGAAGAAACCAGUUAAAAAUGAAGAGAACUCAAAAGAACCUGUAGAUCCUUUACGUGAUGGAAAUCAUGAUCCAUUAAAGGAUCCCAGUCAACUUUUUGCAUUUGUCACCAAAACACCGUCACCAGAAAAAGGUCAGAAUUUAUUGUUUGAUGAAGAUGAUAGCUUGUUUACCAAGAAUAUGAAGAAAUCAUCAUUUUCAACUGAAUCAACAAAAAGAUCAUUAGAUUUAUUUGAUGAUGAUUCUAACAGUGAUUUAUUUUCUGGUCCCUUUACGAAACCAGUAAAAAAAUCGAGUAAGGACAGUGGUAAAAAUAACUUAUUCAAUGACAUUGAAAGUGAUGAUGAAACAGAUGAUUUAUUUGGCUCAGUGCAUAAUAAAAAAAGUAAUCAAAGUAAACCAGAACAGUCAGAUAACAUUAACGAAAUGAAUGCUUCUGGCGUUUCUUUUAAGACUAGCGAUGACUUUGAUAAUGAUGAUGAUGAGGAAGAUUUAUUUUUCGAUGCCAGUGAAAAACCUUCGUUCGAAUCAACAAAAAAUGAUCAGUUGUUUGCAUCAAAAACAAAAAUUCCUAAAACAAAGUUAGAAGAUAUUUUUGGUGAUCAUUCGAGUGGUGAAGAUGAUUUUUUUACAAUUAAAAAACCUCUAUCAAAAAAUUCUUCAUCGGGAUUAUUUUUUAAAGAUGCUGAAGAUGAUGAUGGUAAAGAUUUAUUUACAAAGAAACUAUCUUCUACAUCAACAUUGGGUGAGACCGAGAAUCGUAUGCCAGUAAAAAAAUCGAUCACAAAAGAUUUAAGAAAAACUGCUGAAAAAAUUGUUGAAGAUCCAUUAAGUAUGCUUGAUGAUGAUUAAUUUUAAUUGAAAAGAUGCAAUACGAAGUAAAUGAUUUGCCUUAUUAGUAUGGAAUAUAAAUUUUGUUUUUAUUAUUCAAUCAUGAAAAUUAAAACGUAAAAAAAUGUUAUACAAUAGAGAGAUACUUUCACACAUUAUUGUUUUUUAUUAAUAUUUUUAUUUAAAAGCUUUAACUAAGUUAGAAAGAAAUAAAGUGAUUUUAAAUUAUAAAACAAAUUAUAUAUAUAUAUAAAAAAAAAAUUAAUAAGUUAACAUGAAAAAUACCAGCGUAUGUAAUGACAUCAUCUUUUAUGUUUAAACAUUGUGCCAUGUAAUAUGCGAAACUGUAUAUACAUAUGAAUAUAUAUAGUUUUUUUUCGAACGAAAGGCAAUAAUAAAUUAACAUAACUGGUACAAAUUUUUGUUGUUUUCUACGGUAAUAAAAGAAAAGUUUUCAUAAGAAUGACAUUAAAGCGAGAAUGGGUGGAUUAUUUUCUGAAAUUAAAAACGCUUACGUCUCAAUAUUUAAAUAAAUGAAUCGUUUUAAGGCCAAA